AUGAGAAUUUUUUCACUAGUCUACGCAGCCUAUCUCUUGCGCUUUUGUUCUUGUGGAGACUUUGUGGACGAAAGUACACUUGUAAGUGCUUGGAAGGACGGGCAAGAAGUUUCUACUGAUGUUCCUUCCCCUCCAGGAAUGCUCGAUAUCUCGGUACCAGACGAAGAACAAUGCAAAUCCUUCGACUAUACUUUCGCUGGUAAUGCCAUAAGACUCAUUGUUCCUAAUAAAGAUACUACUGCUACGAAGCUCGUAAACGGUGCUGAGGAGGAUGCUUAUACUCUUCCCUCUGGAGAAACACUUGACCAUGCUAAAGCCUACCUAAACAAGGAUAAGAAGCCUGAACUGGUCCUUUUAGUAUUUAACACACCAUCUGGUAUAUCACGAAGAGAUUAUGUAAAGAGUGAUAAUGGAUGGACUGUCUGUAAUAAUAGUGAUAUUAAGAUGAGGAGCUUGAGGGAUCCUGCAGAAUGGAUAUCUAACUUUGAAAUUGAUGUUUCCUUGGCCAAUGGUACCGAUGAAUUCACGGCCUUUGAAGCAGAAUUACUGGGCAUUGCUAUACAGCAUUUCUUUCCAAAGCCUGGCCAUGCUGUAGUAUGA